GACCCCCUAAUGCGGAAGUGUCACUCUGUACACCCUCCCCGUGGCUCUGAAGAGGGGUGUGCUGUGAGUUUUAGCUUUCUAUGCCAUAUUCUAGCUCAGAUGUGGCCAGCAGAAGGUAAACAAUAAAACCAAGUCUUGGAUUGCAUUUACAGGGAGCAGCUAUCGAGUACAAUCUAGCUUCCUUGAUAUCUGUUGUCUUUCGGAUAGGGCUCUCGGCGUUGAGUGUAUGUAACGUUAGCUGUAGCAGGUCAAGGUUUGCUAUCCAGCCAAUAUGAAACUGAAAGAGUUGGAAAGUUGUCUUCAACAAGUGGACGCCUUUGAAGAACCCAAGAUUCUUCUUGAACAAUAUCCAACCAGCCCUCACAUUGCAGCAUGUAUGCUUUAUACAAUCCACAACACAUUUGAUGACAUCGAGGGCAAAUUGGUUGCAGAUUUGGGAUGCGGAUGUGGCGUUCUUAGCAUUGGUGCAGCAAUGCUUGAUGCAGGUUUGUGUGUUGGGUUUGACAUUGAUCCCGAUGCACUGGAGAUAUUCAAAAGGAACUCUGAGGAAUUUGAGCUGACCAAUGUAGACCUGAUCCAGUGUGACAUGUGCUCCCUGAGAUCCCAUGCAUAUGCCAAGAAAUUUGACACUGUGAUAAUGAAUCCUCCAUUUGGUACCAAACACAACCAAGGUAUGGACAUGCAGUUUCUGAGGACCGCUUUAACUAUGGCAACAACAGCAGUAUAUUCCCUUCACAAAACAUCAACACGAGGCCACAUACAGAAGAAAGCGAGUGACUGGGGAGUAAAAAUGGAAGUAAUAGCAGAGCUAAGAUAUGACUUGCCAGCAUCCUACAAGUUCCACAAAAAGAAAUCGGUAAGAAAAACAUUGACAAGUCUAAAUUGUUUCACCAAGUGUUUUGAACAUAUGCUUCUGAGAAUCUGACUUAAAAUCUAAAAAUUUGAAUGGCUAUUCACAAAACUUAAAAAGGAACAAGAUCUAUGCUUCAGGACUCAACCGUAUACACUUGAUUAAAACAAUUGAGGAAAAAAAUGAAUGGCACUGAUUAACAAGUUUCUAUUAACAUGCAUAUCUUUGUAUGGAGGUGACUAAAACAGGUGUAAUAUGUUCCUGCUGAAAUGAUUUGUUUAGACGCAGUCAACACAACUAAUAAUCCAUAUUAAAUAAGUCCCAUAAAGUAUGUUCAGGGUAGAAAUUGAUAGGUAUUGACAAUGUAAGAUGCACACCACUGAUAAGGCUGAACACGUUCCAGUCUUUCACAUUCUAAAUUGUUUUCUAGGUUGACAUCAAGGUGGACUUUCUACGGUUUUCCACAACAUGAAGCCUCCACUGGAAUGGAAUAAAGUCGUGUUUUCAAGGGGUUUCUUUUCAAAUAAAAUGUUUCAACGAGA